UCCGGCACCGGCGCCGCCCGCCGCCCGCCGCCCGCCGCGCCCGCCACCCUCGGCAUCUCCAUCGCGACCCCAGCCGGCGCCGCGCCCGGGGGACCCCGCCCCGUCCCCCACCCCGUCCCCGCGGGGCCCGGCCCCGCCGCCGGCUCCAUGGGACUCGAACCCGCGCCCAGCGCGCGCCCGGCCCGCGGCCGCUGCCCCGCCGCGAUCUUCGGCAACAUCAAGGUGUUUGUGUUCUGCCAUGGUCUCCUGCAGCUCUCCCAGCUGCUCUACAGCGCCUACUUCAAGAGCAGCCUCACCACCAUCGAGAAGCGCUUCGGGCUCUCCAGUUCCUCCUCGGGUCUCAUCUCCAGCCUGAACGAGAUCAGCAAUGCCAUCCUCAUCAUCUUCGUCAGCUACUUCGGCAGCAGAGUACACCGGCCGCGGCUGAUUGGCAUCGGGGGCCUGCUGCUAGCUGCAGGUGCCUUCGUUCUCAUCCUUCCACACUUCCUCUCGGAGCCGUACCAGUACACUGCGGUCAGCACUGGGAACCGCAGCCACCUCCAGGAGGAGCUCUGUCAGAAGCAUCGGCCAAAUCUACCCCCCAGCAGGUGCCACAGUGCCACGCAGGACACCCAGAAGGAGAUGGGCAGCAUGUGGGGUCUGAUGGUAGUAGCCCAGCUGCUGGCUGGCAUCGGGACGGUGCCCAUCCAGCCAUUUGGAAUUUCUUACGUAGAUGACUUCGCAGAACCCACCAACUCUCCCCUGUACAUCUCCAUCUUAUUUGCCAUCGCCGUCUUUGGACCAGCUUUUGGGUACCUGCUAGGGUCUGUCAUGCUGCAGAUCUUCGUAGACUAUGGCCGGGUAAACACAGCUACAGUGAACUUGAGCCCUGGUGACCCUCGGUGGAUUGGAGCCUGGUGGCUGGGCCUGCUCAUUUCUUCAGGCUUCCUGGUUCUCACCUCUUUCCCCUUCUUUUUCUUCCCUAGAGCAAUGCCCAGAGAGGCAGAGAGAUCCCCGGCCUUAGCAGAUGAAGCCAGGAAGAUGGAAGAUGUCAAGUCUAGAGGCUCCCUGCUGGAGUUCAUUAAACGGUUCCCUCACAUCUUCCUGAGGCUCCUGAUGAACCCCCUGUUCAUGCUGGUGGUCCUGGCUCAAUGCUGCUUCUCUUCUGUCAUCGCCGGCCUCUCUACGUUCCUCAACAAGUUCCUGGAGAAGCAAUACGGAGCUUCCGCAGCCUAUGCCAACUUCCUCAUCGGUGCUGUAAACCUCCCCGCGGCAGCCUUGGGGAUGCUGUUUGGAGGAAUCCUCAUGAAACGGUUCGCUUUCUCUUUGCAAACCAUCCCCCGUGUGGCCGCCACCAUCAUCACCAUCUCCACCAUCCUCUGUAUCCCCCUCUUCUUCAUGGGAUGCUCUGCCUCGGCCGUGUCUGAGGUCUACCCACCCAGCACACCAAGUUCUAUACAUCCGCAGCCUCCCGCCUGCCGCAGGGACUGCUUGUGCCCGGAUGCCAUCUUCCACCCGGUCUGUGGAGACAAUGGAGUCGAGUAUCUUUCCCCUUGCCACGCCGGCUGUAGCAACAUCAACAUGAGCUCUGUCACCUCCAAGCGAGCGGUCUACUUGAACUGCAGCUGUGUGACGGGAGUAUCUGCUUCAGCCAAGACUGGAUCGUGCCCCAUCUCCUGUGCCCACUUCCUCCUCCCAGCCAUCUUCCUCAUCUCCUUUGUAGCACUGAUCGCCUGCAUCUCCCACAACCCUCUCUACAUGAUGGUCCUACGGGUGGUAAACCAAGAUGAGAAGUCUUUUGCCAUCGGAGUACAGUUCUUGCUGAUGCGCUUGCUAGCCUGGUUACCAGCCCCAGCCCUAUACGGCCUCACCAUUGACGCCUCCUGUAUCCGGUGGAAUCUGCAGUGCUCCGGGAGGAGAGGGGCCUGUGCCUAUUACGAUGCUGAUGCUCUCCGGGACAGGUACCUGGGACUGCAGCAGGCAUACAAGAUACUGGGCACGCUGCUUCUCUUCUUCGUCAGCUGGAGGGUGAAGAAAAACAGGGAGUACAAUGUUCAGGGGAAGGCCUCGGGCCUCAUCUGACCCACCACUUGUGGGGGACUCCCCCCUGCCUUGUUCCUGAGACUGAAUUCUGCCUCUCCACACCUACCUGUAUUUUCUAACGUCAGCUCAUCUCUCUCUCUCUCUCUCUCUCUCUCUCGUUUUUAAAUAAGAGAGAAAAACUUAAUCACCAUUUGCCUUACCCGCCUCCUCCUCCUCCUCUUCCUCUUCCGCCUCCUCCUCCUCCUCCUCCUCCUUGUCCCCCGGGAGAAAAAUCAAGAACGUCCCCUUCCCCCCUUUCCCAGACAGCUUUGCUCUCCUCUGGCCGCACAAACUCUGCAGGGGAGAGGACAGAGGGGAGUUAUUCAUAGUCAGAGCUGGGCUGGGAGACUGGGAAGGGUUCUGGACUCUCUUCCUCCACAGAGCCUUACUUCCUGUCACAGGAGAAUCACCUGACAGCGGCCAUGUUGGAAAGCACAGCCCUGUCUCUCUGUCUCUCUCUGUCUGUCUGUCUCUCUCUGUGACUUGUAUUCUGACACAGAGCCAGAACUAAAGGACUAUGGGACUUGACAUGAACCCAGGACCUCUCCGCCCUUGGUUCUACAUGCGUUUAUCUGGGGGCUUUAUUUCAACCUGAGAAAGCCACACAGAAGGCCACGCACUGGCGGCUCCCGCCUGUCAUCCUAGCUACUCAGGAGGCUGAGAUCUGAGGAUCGCGGUUCAAAGCCAGCCUGGG